AUGCCAAAAUCAAAACUCAAAAAUGCUGCAAAAAAACAUAUACUUAUACAAAGUAGAAAUAAUGAUGGAAGAUUUUUAGCUGCAGAUCCAGAAUAUAACAAUCUAGAAUAUAGUAAUUCAGAACUUUUAGUCUAUGAAUCUGAGAGCAGUAAUGAGAAGGAAUUUAAUAAUGGGGAAAUGGAACUUAGUAAAGAAGAAGCUGAAUGUCUUGAAAUAUCACAACAAGUUUUUAAACAUGGUUCAUGGAUAGCACAUCUUAUCCGUGAGAGGACAAAGAGUUGGAUUACAACUGAAACUUUACCUGUUUCUAAGCAAGGACAACGAAAAUACAUACCAACUCUUAUUGAUGAUGAGGAUAAUUAUGUUCAGAACAAUGUUUUACCACAUAUUACCAGUUCUUGUACUUCAAUUUCAUUAGAGACAGAUCGAACUUGGCUUUGUCAUCUUGGCCUCUCAAGAUUACAUGACAGUUGGUUUAUUAAUGAACAAGGUGAACAAAUUACUCAGCCAAUGAUCUUUCCUGAAGAUCUUUCUCCUGAUGAUUCUAAUUAUAUCUUUCAUAGUCAACCAAAGGGUAUUCAACAAGUAUGGAGUUAUAUGAAUGCUUAUAGACGUAGACUUACUGGCUGGGUACCAGAAUAUACUAUACAUAAGUAUUGUUCUUAUAGACAUAUACCUAAUGAAAUUGAUUUAGAGUUUUCUAGAUCUAUUAUAAUGUUGGGAUGGUUAUAA